AAGAAGAGGUAUAAAUGUGAUGGAUACUAUUUCUUUGGUGGUGGCCUUAUAUAAAGCAACUAAAGGAUGUUAUGUCUUUGCUUCUUAUAAAACUAAUUAUAAGAAAAGAAAUUCUUUGAAGAAAACAACUUAGAUAUUCCUCUAUAAUGGAAGAACAACUUAACUCUUUAGCAAUUACUCAUCUUCUUCAACACUCUCUAAGAAGUUUGUGUAUUCAUGAAAACUCUCAAUGGGUUUAUGCUGUCUUUUGGAGAAUCUUGCCUAGAAAUUACCCUCCUCCUAAGUGGGAUAGUCAAGGAGGAGCAUAUGAUAGGUCAAGAGGGAAUAGAAGAAAUUGGAUAUUGGUAUGGGAAGAUGGUUUUUGCAAUUUUGCAGCAUCAACGGCUGAGAUGAAUGGGAAUGAAUGUCCAGGAUCAUCUUCUAAUAAUUAUGGAGAAUAUCAACAUUAUCAAGGCCUUCAACCUGAGCUUUUUUUCAAGAUGUCACAUGAAAUUUAUAACUAUGGAGAAGGUAUAAUUGGAAAAGUAGCAGCAGAUCACAGUCAUAAAUGGAUCUAUAAAGAACCAAAUGAACAAGAAAUCAAUUUCUUGUCUGCAUGGCACAACUCUGCUGAUUCUCAUCCUAGAACUUGGGAAGCUCAGUUCCGUUCUGGUAUAAAGACUAUAGCCUUGAUUGCUGUGAGAGAAGGUGUCAUUCAAUUAGGAGCUGUUCAUAAGGUUAUUGAAGACUUGAGCUAUGUGGUGCUACUAAGAAAGAAGUUUAGUUACAUAGAAAGCAUUCCAGGAGUGUUAUUGCCGCAUCCAUCUUCCUCAGCAUAUCCUUUCAAGGUUGAUGGAUACGGGGCGUCGCCUGACGCGUGGCAUUUCCAAACCAAUUUAACAGCACCAGUAGCACCAGCUGAAUUGUACGAACAUUUCAAUCAACAUCAACAUAUGAAGAUCACGCCUUCAAUGAGCAGCUUGGAAGCACUUCUUUCCAAGCUACCUUCCGUCGUUCCAGCAGCAGAUGUUACUGCUGCUGGAAUGACGAGUUCAAUACCUGCGUAUUGUGAGUACCAACCCCAAUAUAGGCCUAAUGUUGAAAUGUUGGGGUUGGAGAAAGUGGCAAAAGAAGAGUAUGAUGAGGAUGAGGACAAUAACAAUAACAAUAAUGAAGAGAAAACUAGGAACAACAAUAAUAAUAGUAAUGAGAAAUUAGAUCAUCAUGGUGGAGAGAGUAGUAGUUCAAUGUCAUCUUAUAGUCAACACCAUCACCAUUAUCAACAUUAUGGUUAUCAUCACGAUUUGAAUGUAAGUAGUAGUAUGCCUAAUAAUGGAUAUUAGAGAAUAUGAUGGUAAUUAAGGUUAUUGUUUAUGGAAUGUUGUACUAUUUAGAUUGUGUUAGGAAGAAUUGAUCUUCUCCACAACUAACAAAGUAAUGGUAGUUUCUUCCUUUCUUGUUUCA